AUGGGGGCCGGGGCAUCUCUGGCUGUUUGUGUUUGUGUCACGCGGCAAUCGAUGGAAGUCGAUGGCUGGCAGCAGGGCAGGGGCGGGGCGCACGGCAUUCUGUCGUUUCGGUGGACGGCACCCGACUCUCGCCCAUCGACGAUGUCGUCCAACCCGUUCGGUGACUCGCGCAAGGGCGACGACGCGCACCUGCGGGAAAUCCUGGGAGGCAAGGACUCGAAGGAAAAGGUGACUGCAGUGAAGAACGUCAUCUAUGCCAUGACUGUAGGCAAGGACAUGUCGCGGCUGUUCAUGGACGUGGUGAACUGCAUCCAGACCAAGGACCUCGAGCUGAAGAAGCUGGUGUACCUGUAUGUGAUGAACUAUGCGCAGAGCAAGCCGGACCUUGCGAUUUCUGCCAUCAACACGUUUCUCAAGGACACGCACAACCACAACCCCCUCAUUCGGGCGCUGGCGAUCCGGACGAUGGGGUCAAUCCGUGUGGACACGAUGAUCGAACACCUGACGGAGCCGCUGACUGCGGCGCUUCGGGACGAGGACGCGUAUGUGCGCAAGACUGCGGCAGUGUGUGUGGCCAAGUUGUAUGCGAUGAACCGUUCGAUUGUGGCGGACCACGGGUUUCUGGAGUCGCUGCAGGGCCUGCUGGAGGAUGGCAACCCGAUGGUUGUAGCCAACGCGGUGGCGGCUCUGUCCGAGAUCCAAGCGACAACGACGGCGCCUGUGUUUGAGAUCAAGGCUGCGACGCUGAACCAGAUUCUGACUGCGCUCUCCGAGUGCACCGAGUGGGGCCAGGUGUUUAUUCUGGACGCGCUUGCGCGGUACUCGCCGGUGGACCCGCGGGAGGCCGAGUCGAUCAUCGAGCGUGUUGUGCCGCGGCUGAACCACCGCAACUCGUCGGUGGCACUCUCUGCAAUCCGGGUUCUUGUCAAGUACCUGGACUUUGUGACUUCGCAGUCGUUCAUCCGGGCGACGUGCAAGCGGAUGUCGCAGCCGCUCGCGUCGCUCCUCAACGACCAGGAAAAGCCGCCGGAGAUCCAGUACGUGGCACUCCGCAACAUCAACCUGAUCAUCCAGCGGUGGCCCAACCUGCUGACCUCGAUCUCGCACGUGAGGAUGCUGUUCUGCAACUACGACGACCCGAUCUACGUCAAGCUCGAGAAGCUGGAGAUUUUGGUCAAGCUUGCGUCCGAGUCCAACAUUGAGCUGCUACUCCUCGAGUUUAAGACGUACGCGCAAGAGGUGGACGUGGAGUUUGUGCGCAAGGCAGUGCGUGCGAUCGGGCGGUGCGCGAUCAAGCUGGAGCGGUCGGCGCAGGCGUGCAUUGACGUCUUGCUCACGCUCAUCGAAACCAAGGUCAAUUACGUGGUGCAGGAGGCGAUCAUUGUCAUCAAGGACAUUUUCCGCAAGUACCCGAACCGGUACGAGUCGAUCAUUGCCACGUUGUGCGAGAACCUGGACGAGCUCGACGAGCCCGAGGCCAAGGCGUCGAUGAUCUGGAUUGUCGGCGAGUACGCGGAGCGGAUCGACAACGCCGACGAGCUGCUGGACUCCUUCCUGGAGACGUAUGCUGACGAGGUUGUCGAUGUGCAGAUGGCGCUCCUCACCGCCAUUGUCAAGCUCUUCCUCAAGCGGCACACCGAUGCGCAGGACAUGGUCCACGACGUGUUGCAGCUGGUGACCCAGACGGCGGACGAUCCGGACCUCCGCGACCGCGGGUUCCUGUACUGGCGGCUGCUGUCGUCGAAUCCCGAGGCGGCCAAGGCUAUUGUGCUGUCGAACAAGCCGUUUGUGUCGGACGACCUCGGCGAGAUCGAGCCGUCGCUCCUCGGCAAGCUACUGGACAACUCGUUUGUGGUCAUCACCUCGCACUCGUACGACGACGACGACGACGAUGACGACGACACGUCGGCGCCCGACGGCAAGAAGGCCAAGCGCAAGGCGCCGGAGCGCAAAAUCGACCCGACCAAGCUGCCCAACUACGCCAACACAGCGGCACCUGCUCCGGUCGCUGCGGCGGCGAGCGGCGGCGCCAAUGCUGGCCUGAGCGGCGGUGCCAGCGGCGGCAACACGAAAACGGCGGCUACCGCAGGCACGAGCGGUGGCGCUAGCACGGGCGGCUCGCUGAUUGACCUCAUGUCCGGCUCGUCAGUGGUGGGCGGGAGCGGUUCUGGUGCCGGCGCGCCGCCGCCGUCGGGCGGCUCGCUGCUGGAUCUGCUCUCGGGCGGGGCGCCGAGCAACGGAGGCGGCGCCGGCGCUCCGCCGCCAUCGGGCGGCUCGCUCCUCGAUCUCAUGUCGGGCGGCGCAAGCAGCUCUGGCGGCGCCAGUGUUGGUGUCGGUGCGAGCUCGCCGAAGCGGUACGUGCAGCCGUCGAGCGUGGUCCUCCCGGCGAGCAACGGCAAGGGCAUGGAGGUGGCGACGUCGAUCCGGCGGGCCGACGGGGCGAUCUUCAUGGACCUCACGAUCACGAACAAGUCGCUGGCACCGAUCGGGCAGUUCCAGGCCGUGUUCAACAAGUCGUCGUUUGGGCUCGUGCCCGGCUCGGCCAUCGGCAUCUCGUCGGUGGCGCCCGGGGCGACGGCGACAUUUGCGCUCCCGCUGGGUACCAACGGCGAGAUGGCGCUGUCGAACCCGCUGAUGUCGCUCCAGGUUGCGCUCAAGAACAACGUCGAAGUCUUCUACUUUCUGUGCAUGGUCCCGCUCGGGGCGGUGCUGGUCGAGGACGGCAAGCUCGAGCGGCCGGCGUUUAUCCAGGGCUGGAAGGCGCUGAGCGGCGAGCAGGAGUCCAAGACCACCGUGAGCGUCAAGGCUGGUGUCAGCCUCGAGAGUGCCAUGGCUACGCUCGAAGCCAACAACAUCUUUGUCAUCGCCAAGCACGCCAACGAGGCCAUGUCGCAGAUGCUCGUCUUCACCUCGGCCAAGACAACCAACGGCAUUGUCAUCAUGUCCGAGUUCAACUUUACGCUUGCCGGCGAGGCCGUGGUCAAGCUCGACCUCACCACCCAUGUGGCGCAGACGCCUGUCCUUCCUGUGUUUGAAGAGUACGUGAAGGCUGUGUUUGGCGCGUGA